AUGGCAUUGAAGAACAUGGCUAGGCCUCCGUGCACCAUGAUGCGGAGACCGAUUUUGCCUCGAUGGACGCCAUCGGUCGGUCUUUUGAGCGGACGAAUUCACCAUCCCUUGCGAUCACUCCUGACGGUGCGGCCCGCUCGCUCGCUGAGCUCAACCGCAUUUGCCCAGGUCGAAGGCUUCCACUCACAGCAAGCGUAUGCUUCCUCAAUCCCUUCCGAGAGGCAACCGGCGCAGACCUUGACCGAGAAGAUUGUACAACGCUAUGCCGUCGGUCUUCCCGAAGGAAAGCGCGUUCGCAGCGGCGACUACAUCAGUCUUGCUCCUCAGUAUUGCAUGACUCACGACAACUCGUGGCCCGUCGCGCUCAAGUUCAUGUCAAUGGGAGCUACGAAAAUCCAUCGUCCCGACCAGAUCGUCAUGACUCUCGACCACGAUGUUCAGAACACUAGCGCAGCCAAUCUCAAGAAAUAUGAGCAGAUCGAGUCUUUCGCUUCGCAGCACGGUAUCGACUUUUAUCCUGCCGGUCGGGGUAUUGGGCACCAGAUCAUGGUUGAAGAAGGAUACGCAUGGCCCGGAACCAUGGCGGUGGCUUCAGACAGCCACAGUAACCACUAUGGUGGAGUUGGGUGCCUUGGAACUGCUGUUGUACGGACAGACGCUGCUAGUAUUUGGGCAACCUCGCGAACGUGGUGGCAGAUUCCCCCUGUUGCGCGGGUAACCUUCACGGGCACGCUUCCAGCAGGCGUGACCGGUAAGGACGUGAUUGUCGCGCUGUGCGGGCUGUUCAACAGCGAUGUGCUGAACCACGCAAUUGAAUUCACCGGCUCCGAGGAAACCAUGGAAAGCUUGCUCGUCGAUAGUCGCCUCACCAUUGCCAAUAUGACAACUGAGUGGGGUGCGCUCACGGGCCUAUUCCCCAUCGACCGGACCUUGAAGCGCUGGCUGCGAUACAAGGCUACCGAGGCGGCGAUGUUGGAUGAUCGGACCACUCGCCAACGUAUCACACACGAAAGAAUCGAUGAGUUGUUCGCCAAUCCCCUCACAGCGGACCCCGAUGCUGUGUACGCCAAACAGCUUUACCUCAACCUCUCUACUCUCUCGCCCUACGUCUCCGGCCCUAACUCCGUCAAGGUUGCCACACCUCUCAAUGAGCUUGUUCAACAAGACAUCAAAGUCAACCGCGCCUAUAUCGUCUCAUGCACCAACUCGCGUGCUUCAGACCUCGCGGCGGCAGCUAAAGUAUUCAAAGACGCCGCCAAGGCGAAACCCGAUACUACUCCCAAGAUUGCUGAUGGUGUUCAAUUCUACAUUGCUGCAGCGUCUGCGCCCGAACAAGAGGCUUCUGAGGCUACGGGUGACUGGCAGACGUUGAUCGAUGCUGGUGCGCAGCCUCUCCCUGCUGGAUGUGGACCAUGCAUCGGACUUGGAAAGGGACUCUUGGAACCUGGUGAGGUUGGUAUCAGUGCCAGCAACCGUAACUUCAAAGGUCGGAUGGGCUCGAGAGAUGCACUUGCAUACCUCGCGAGUCCCGAGGUCGUGGCUGCUAGCGCUCUCAACGGUGUUAUCUCUGGCCCCGGUGCCUAUCAGGUGCCAGAGGGCUGGUCUGGUGUGGAGCACGGUUUCGGCACCGGUAUGGAACCCACCACCGAGACCGAACUGUCUGGCCUACUCCAGCAGAUGGAAUCCCUGAUUGAUCGGGUUGAAUCUGCUACCGAUGACUCUAAGCCUGCCACCGAGAUCCUUCCCGGUUUCCCCGAGCGGAUCAGCGGUGAGAUUGUGUUCUGCGACGCAGACAAUCUUGACACUGACAGCAUCUACCCCGGAAAGUUGACAUACCAAGAUAAUGUCUCAAAGGAGGAUAUGGCAAACGCCUGCAUGUCCAAUUUCGACCCGAAAUUCAAUGGCCUUGCUAAGGCAAAUGACAUCCUCGUUGCCGGCUGGAACUUCGGCUGCGGAUCAUCAAGAGAACAGGCAGCUACCGCAAUUCUUGCCAAGCAGAUUCCUCUGGUUGUCGCAGGCAGCUUUGGAAACAUCUUUUCCCGAAACAGUAUCAACAAUGCGCUCAUGGGUUUGGAAGUACCCCGACUCGUCGAGCGCUUGCGCGCCGAGUUCCCCAGUCAUCGACUGCCGCGGACCCGCAGCGUUGUCGAGGUGAAGGAGGGCGAAGAUGGAGAGAGCUGGACUGAGCAAGUCGGUGAGCUGCCCGCUAACGUCCAGGCUAUCAUCGCAGAGGGUGGUCUCGAGGCUUGGGUUAAGGGCGAGGUUGCCAAGUCAGGGUGA